AGUAAGUAAUUUGUGAAAUCACAAGUUGAGCGAGAAAACAGAAAUGGCGGAAAGGCAAUCGCUGGAUCAGCAGCAACCGCGACAGAUAGACCCCCCGCAGCUGCAAUCACCAUCGCAGCAGCAACAGCCUGCCAGAGAAGACAUGCUCGAGUGCGUGACGGCGUUAGAGACUGCUUUGCUUCCGUGCUUACCCGCCAGAGAGCUCCAAGCCAUUGAUCGCUCUCCCCAUCCCUCUCAUCAGAUUGAUGUCGAGAGGCAUGCGAGGGAUUUCAUGGAGGCUGCCAAGAAACUUCAACUCUAUUUUAUUGGUCUCCAACGUGAAGAUCAACCAACUGUAGCUGAAACACUGAGAAAGGAGAUUGCUGUGAUGGAAGAAGAAUUGAAGAUAAAGGAUGAGAUUAUCAAGAAGCAAGAGAGACUGAUCCAAGGAUGGAGGAAGGAAUUGAAAGACCAACUGGAUAAACACAAAACUGAAUUGGAGAGGGUGUAAUGGGAGAGUAGUAGGCCUAUAACUAACGAUAACAGAUCAUGGCUGAUAACAUUCAUUUAAACUAAUUGUUUUUUGCUUGUGGCAUUAUUUUUUAUUUGCUGCUUGUAUAAAAAUAUUUGUAGAAUUAAAAAGGCUAUGAAUCAUGAGUUUGUACGCAAUGGCGCCUGCAGGAUCAUCAAUCUGUUCGGCUAUCAGAUUAUGAUUGUAAUGAUGCUGGUGAUACUUUAUCUGCUAGCACUGAUGCAAAUGAGACUACAGAGGGACUUGUCUUUCCAUGUCCACUUAUUUC